AUGGUUUUACAAUCAUUGUUCUCUGGAUAUGAACCACUCGAAGAAGCAGAAGCAUCUUUGGAACAAACAUUCGUACUGAAAAACGUUUUCGGGAAACAUACUAUGAGUCUGAAAGAUAAAAACCUGAGAAGAAAUCGGAAUGACUCUAAGGUCAGCAAGGCUUAUGCACUUUUCAAGAGACAGUUCAAAAUGAAUUUAUUUUUAUCAAAAAACAAAGUGUACCCUACAAAUGAAUAA